AUGGACAACAUCGACGAAGAAUAUGACCGGCUCGUUGAGCACCUUCACCACUGCGCGGAGAAGACUGAGAGUUCUAAAACCACCAAGAGACGCCUGUCUCUUGAAACUCUUGAGCUGAUACACCAGCGUGGAGCAGCACGAGCCGCAGGGAACCAAGAACUCACGUCCGUGCUCGCAAGGCUUUGCAGAGAGGCGAUAAAGGAAGACCUUAAAGAGAGAAGAGUAGAAGUGCUGGCUGAGGCCGCAGAGGCGGGGAAAAGCAUCCGCUAUGCCCGUCGAGACUUCGCCAGUCGCAAGACAAGGAUGACUGCUCUCCGGAACCCAGAGGGAACAACCAUUGCAUCGAGAAGGGGGAUGGAGAAAAUCAUCUACGACUUCUACCCUGAUCUCUUCGACAGCCAUGUCCACUUGCCUCCUCACCAUCUGAGGGAAGACGGACAUGUCAUUCCAGAGGUUCUCCCAUCCGAAAUACGACAUGCCAUCAUGUCGGUAAGAAAUCGUACGGCACCCGGUCCUGACAGAGUAAGACCAGAACACCUGAAGAACCUUCCGCCAGUACUCAUCAACACCCUGGGGAGGCUCUUUACUCGUUACCUGUCGGAAUGCAAGAAUCCUAAACAGUGGAAGACCAGCAAGACCGUGUUGCUGUAUAAAAAGGGAGAUGCACAUAACAUCGGCAACUAUCGCCCAAUCUGCUUGCUGAUUGAAAAAGUCUUGGAUGAGGGACAGCCAUGCGAGCAAGCAGGGUUUCGAAAAGGAUUUAGCACGAUUGACCACAUUCAUACUGUUUCGAAACUCAUCGAGGUAUCACGAGAGUACAAGAUGCCGCUCUGUCUCACCUUCAUCGACUUGAAGAAGGCCUUCGACUCAGUUGAGACGAAAGCGGUCGUGGAAGCCUUGGACAACCAAGACGUCCCUACUCAGUACAUAAAGGUACUUCGAGAGUUGUACAGUAACUUCACGACCGGAAUUUCGCCAUUCUACAAGAACAUCAUCAUUGACGUGAAGAGGGGGGUCCGACAGGGUGAUACAAUUUCACCCAAAAUAUUCACAGCCACCCUCGAGAACGCAAUGCGAAAGGUGGAAUGGGACGACAUGGGAGUGAAGAUUGAUGGUCGGCAGCUACACCAUUUGCGCUUUGCUGAUGACAUCGUACCGAUAACACCUAGCAUCAGCUAA